AUGUGGUACAGAAAUAAUAUUGAAAAAUUUCAAAUUAAUGAACAAGAUCAUUAUAGUAUUCAAGAUAUUUUAUUUUUUUAUCUCGAUUCAAUUGAAGAUGAUAAUCAUAUUUGUCAAGUUCUCAUGCCUUAUUAUGAAGAAAAACUAAAAAAUAUUAUUUUUAAUACAGAACUUAAUGCUCAUGGUUAUGGUUAUCGACAACUUAUUUAUGAUUCAAUUCGAGAUAAUAUGUUUAUUACAUUUCCUUAUCAUCCAUUUGAAACAAAAAGAAGAAUGGAUUAA